AAUUAUUUUUCCUUUCCCUCCUUUUUUCCUCCAAUCUUCACUUCACACAAUAAAAUAACAACGCAACACAAUCGAUACUCCAAUGCUUCUCACAAAAUUCACCUUCAUUUCAUCUUCAAGAUCGUAAAAUCAUAAAACGAUGUCGUUAGAUCCAGCUCAAACCGCCACAACCGCUACAACCUCAAGACCUAUUUCGCCAUUCCCAAAUCCAAACUCGAAACCGCACCAUCACUACGCAUCGCAUUCACAUCAACAACAGCAACAGCAACAGCAACAAACCCUUCCGCUUCGUGCUCCGAUUCCGUUUAAUUAUCCGUUCCCUUCUCCCUCACGCGCCGCCGCUAAUCACGCUGUUAGCGGUUAUCCGCCUCCGCCUCCUCCGCCGCUUUUGUAUUCUCACGGAGGUGGAGUUCGCGGUAUGAAUUUGGACUAUCUAAGUCACGCCUUGCACGUGAGUAGACCACUCUCGCACGUGCAGUUUCCUCAUCUUGCUGCUGCUGCUCCCUCGCCUUCUGCUAAAGGACACCUCAAGGUUACGGGUAGAUCUGCAGUUUCUGAUGUCAAUGGUCAUAAAGAUACAAGUGCGAGGGAAAGAAGCAGAGAUGAGACACUCACAGUUGUUAGAGACCGAAAAGUCAGACUAACAGAGGAUGCUUCUCUAUAUGCACUUUGUAGAUCAUGGUUGAGAAAUGGAGUAAAUGAAGAAAGCCAGCCAGCACAGAAAGAUGCAACAAUGGCACUUCCCAAACCAUUGCCUGCAUCUAUGGUGGAUACCUGUACCUCAAACAAAAAAGAUGAUGAAAAUGCCGAAGAUGAGCAAGAAGAGGAUGAGAAGUCUGUCGAGCACUUAUCGACACAAGAUCUAUUGAAGAGACAUAUCAAACGUGCGAAAAGGGUUAGAGCACGGAAAUCUGUGCAUGCAUCAUAUGUUUACAAUAUGAGCACUGUUGGCAACCUCCAAGUUCUUCACACCCAUCUCACUGCCUUAGCACAACCUCUCUGUCGCAAGCGUCUCAAUUGAUUCAGAGCCAAAUCAGCCAAUUAUUGACAUAGCAUACAAGAUUGAUGAUAUCUUCUGCUGUGUGAACACUAGGAUUAAUCAAAAUAUGGUUAUGAACAAUUUUGAAAUCUCUAUUAAAGACUGCAGACGAUGGGCUCUUCUGUUGUGAAUGCACUUGCUUAGUCAAUAUUUGGUUCUAAACAGAUGCCAAAUAUAUGUAAGUAUAUGAAAAAUAAAUACCAUGCACAUGAUAAGUGUUUUAAUCAUCUUGGUGAAGUCAUCAGUAACCAAAAAGAAAUUGACAUCGUCAAUUGCGGACUAAGAGUUAUUCAAAUGUGAUGGGAGGUAGUUCGAAAUGUAGCUAAAUUAUUAACCACAACAUAUUAGCAUUGAACUUCGUUUGAUUAAAAUUCUUUUGGCCUUCCAAAUGUCAUACAUAAAAUAAUUUUGUAUCACUAAACUGCUUCGAUGAAACUGUCAAGAGUCAUACUUUGGAUUGACUCUCUUAAAAUUUAAAGUUUGACUAUUAAAAGUUUUCCUCUUAUAAUCUUAUCAAGUAUCAGCACAACAUGAUAUUGUAAAAUUUUUAUGCUAAUAUUAGUUCAAACUUGAACCUCAAAGGAAUAGAGUAAUAGACUGUUCAUUUAGAAGCAUUUGAUUUGCUAAAUUCUGAGUUUGCUCCCUUCUCUGGUUUUUCUGAAUCAAAAAAAAAAAAAUUGAAUGUUCAUUGCCUUGAAUAUGAUUGGUGAUAGCAUACCUUUUGAAAAUUUGGACUUAUGUUUGAACUGUUUAAUUCUAUUUUAUUAUAAUCUUUGCAUUAUAGGAUAGUUUGGAUUUUUUAACAUAUGCAUAGUUUCUAUGCUUUUCUCAUAAAAUUUAUUCCCGCAUUGUUACAAUUACUGCCAUUUGACUUUUCUUUUAGAAUCAUCUCUAUGUUGUAUGUAUCCCUGGGACGACUUUGAAAGCAUCCAGACUUUUUAUUUUUUGUUUUAUGAUAAACCAAUUUUAAGGAU